UUUCAGACCAGACUCCAUCUGACUGUGAGACACUGCUUGCGGAAUUGUUACGUGCACAUCCUCCUGCUGCCACUGGAUCAUUGCUCAGUUGAGGGCUUGUGGAUGUCCCUGAACUCGCUGGAUAACUGAAAUCAGCAAGUGACUUUGUGAGGUUAGGCUCUGAGGGCAGUUUCUGCCUCUCUGUCAACACUUCGUCUCGUCUGUCAUGGCAGCCUCAUGGAUCAGCCGCCAGCUCACUCUCUCCUUACAGAAAAACUUGUGGCUCAGUGCUCCAGGAUGCAGAUAUGUCAGCAAGGCAGCAGCUAAAGCUCAGAUGGAGUUUGACUAUGAUGGACCUUCCAUGAAAACUGCAGUCCCUGGACCACGAUCACAAGAGCUGACAAAACAACUGGGAGACAUCCAGAAUGUUGGUGCAGUCAACUUCUUCUGUAACUAUGAGGAGAGCAGAGGGAACUACCUGGUGGAUGUGGACGGCAACCGCAUGCUGGAUAUCUACACUCAGAUCUCCUCCAUCCCAAUUGGCUACAACCAUCCUGCUCUCCUCAAACUGAUGACCAAUCCCAAUAAUCUGAGUACUUUUGUGAACCGACCUGCCCUGGGAAUCCUGCCACCUGAGAACUUUCCAGACAAAAUCGCUGAAAGUCUUCUCUCAGUGGCUCCUAGUGGAAUGACUCGUGUUCAGACAAUGGCCUGUGGCUCUUGCUCCAAUGAGAAUGCUUACAAAGCAAUGUUUAUCUGGUACAGAAAUAAGGAACGAGGCUACAAGACACCAUCUGAUGAAGACCACAGCACCUGCAUGAUAAACCAGGCCCCAGGUUGUCCAGACCUCAGUAUUUUGUCUUUCAUGGGAGCUUUCCAUGGAAGAACAAUGGGUUGCUUGGCCACAACACACUCCAAAGUAAUCCAUAAGCUGGAUGUGCCAUCAUUUGACUGGCCAAUUGCCCCAUUUCCUAAACUGCAGUACCCACUGGAGGAGUUUACUAGAGAGAAUGCCCUGGAAGAGGCUCGUUGUCUGGAGGAGGUGGAGGAUCUGAUUGUGAAGUGGAGGCAGAAGGGGAAGCCUGUGGCAGGGAUUGUAAUUGAACCAAUUCAGGCUGAAGGCGGAGACAACCAUGCCUCUCCAGACUUCUUCAGAAGGCUCCGCGACAUUGCACGCAAGCAUGGCUGUGCUUUUCAUGUGGAUGAAGUCCAGACUGGUGGGGGUGGCACAGGAAAGUUUUGGGCCCAUGAGCACUGGGGCAUGGAUGACCCUGCAGACAUUGUCUCCUUCAGCAAGAAGCUUCUGACUGGUGGCUACUACCACAAGGAUGAACUGCAGGCAGAUAAGCCAUACCGCAUCUUUAACACAUGGAUGGGUGACCCAUCAAAGAACUUGUUCCUGUCUGAGGUUCUCAAUGUGAUUCGUAGAGAAAACCUUCUGGAGGAGGUGACCCGUUCAGGGAAAGCCUUGCUAAAUGGCCUUUAUGAGCUACAGGCUCAGUACCCCGGCAUAUUGAGCCGAGCUCGAGGACAGGGGACCUUCUGUGCCAUUGACAUCUGUGAUGGUGCAACACGUGAUACGAUCCUGGUCAAGGCCAGAGACAAAGGUGUCCUCCUUGGGGGAUGUGGGGAUCGAUCAAUCCGUUUCCGUCCAGCGCUUGUUUUCAAGGAGUACCAUGUUCAUCUCUUGCUCAACAUCUUUAAUGAUGUGUUGGCCAACCACAAAUAAAUUCUGAUCCUGAAGAAAUAUGACUAAAACAGGCUAAGCCUGAGUUAAUCCAGAAUGCAAGGAAAGGAAUUCUAGACAGUCUUUAUGUCAUGAUAAGCACAAUCUACACAAUCACAUAUUCUAUCAAACCUCUGUUUCCAGAUUUAUACCCAGUUAUAUUAGUCAAUAUUUGCCAUCUCCUUAUCCAGAAAUCACGACAAUUUCUCUUACUUGUGCAUCCACAAAGAUGUACCCAGAAAACCAUUCAAAGCAGGUACAGUAGCUGAGACUUAUUACAAUGUUCAUGUUUCUGGAAAAUAAAUCUGUUGGAAUAACUCCAGUAUUGUUCAACUGUUCCCAUCAUGUCAGUAAGUCUAGCACGCCCUUUACUGUCCCCAUCAACAUCAACAGUCAUUUCAGAAAACAGGCUUAGCCAAAGUCUGUAUGUUGACAGUCUCGUUUUCCAAAAUGUAGCAUUUCAAAAUUCAGUGUGAGUUGUCAUUUAACUUCACAGAUUUCUGUGGUAGCAGUUCUUGACUGAACAAAUGCUGGUCUAAGAGGUAUUUCUGUAACUCAACUUAAAGCAAUCUGUAAAGCUAUAUUCAUUGCAUCAUUUUUGUGGCACUUUUUCAGUUGUCAAUUUUCUGAUUCUGGUAUAUAAAGAUGACGUAUCCAUUCUUUAUCUGGCCUACAAAACUCGGGAUGGUUUGGAUGUUUUUCCAUGUAGGAAUAGUAACCAUCAAAGUGCACAACUUCUGACUUUUUGGAAUCUUUGAAUAAGUCUGAGAUGUAUGAGAUUUAAAGGUCUGGAACCUGGCUAAACAUUUAAGUCUGUUCACUUUAACAGAUACCACAAAAAUCGAUACAUUUAAAUAAUAUAGUUAAUAUCCAAACCCCUAAUGAAGCUUUACUAAUGGCUCAGAACAAAAUGUUAAAUGCAGCUUCUUUUCCUACUCAUUUGCUGACAUUAUCUCAUCUCUGCCUGACUCACAGUCACUGUGAUCUUAGUUUGUUGUACGAAGGCCAGCAGUCAUCCUGGAUACAGAAUUCUGUGUCAGUGUUAGUGAUGAUGCUAUAUAUGAACACACAAUAAAACUAAUAUCUCAGCUUGCAUGUCAUUUAAUGCUGUCCAUUAGAAUUGUCCAUGUUGAGAUAAUGACUGUUGUGUUGCUCUAAAUAGAAAUUAAUUUUCAGCUUGAAAUGUUGUAGCCCAGAAAAAUGGUAAUCAGAUUUUCUUUCUUGGAAAUUCAUUUACUUUUCAUUUUCAGGUCUCACUUUUUUUUGUUGUGAAUUUUUAAUUGGCUUUAGAUUCUCAGAACUGUUUCACUGUCAUCAAAAAGGCCUCUUCAGUUCAGAGUGAUUGCUUUUAGUCAUGUGGUAUACCAUGACCUGGAUGUCUAACGAUAUUUGCUGACAGAGUCAGCAGUUAAUAACAACUAAAAGAUUACAAGUCAGGCUUGUUACUAGUUACUCUUUGGGUUUGUCUUAUCCACUUAAAACACUUCACAUUGUGCAGAUUUAGUGGAUGUUUCUCUCUCCACAAUGGCAACAAUGGGCAAAAAUGAGAAUGAGCCCAUUUCAGACUCAAAAAUAAACUUCGGUAAGUUACAUAAAGGUUAGAUAUGUGAUCUAAAGUGAUGAACAGGCAACUCGCUGAGUUUUUCCAGGGUACAUGAGGAGGGUGAGACAGACCCAAACAAAGCUAACUGUCGCAAAAUGGCCGACCUUGAGCUUUAAGCACAGGUUAGUCAAACAGGGUGGUCCAUAAAUACGUUAGAUAAUGGAUAAUGUAAACCUGCAGUAUAGUCUCAAACAACUUUACAGGAAAAUACUUGAAUUUUGAGUUUGUAAAUCUGCUUAAGCUGAUUUAAUAUAACAGUUGAGACCUUCAAUAGUGUCUGUGAAUGUUCCAUGGAGAUUUUUCAGAUUCAUAAAUUGUGUUACUACAUUACUACAUUAUUUUUUAUUGUUACCAAUGCAAACUAUAUAUAUAUAUAUAUAUAUAUAUAUAUAUAUAUAUAUAUAUAUAUAUAUAUAUAUAUAUAUAUAUAUAUAUAUAUAUAUAUAUAUAUAUAUAUAUAUAUAUAUAUGUAUUUGUUCCCAGGGUUAGUUUGUCUUGUAUGACUUAAUAUUGAACAUAAAUUUUAAUGAACAUGUAAUGAAGCAAGCAGGGAGGGGUUGGUUGGCUGUUGCAUGUUGCAGAUAUUGUGCAAUUGUGAUGAUGACAACAGUCCCUGUCUCCAUGUUGUCGGUCAGUAUUACAUUGAGUAUCUGUAAUAAUUUUCUUUAAAAGAAUUUUGAUAUUAACUACUUGCUCUUGUGGUCUGAGAUAAAUGACUAUUGAUGUAAUAAUGUUAGAUUGCUCUAACUGUUGUCUGUAAAACAGUCCUUCCAUGUAAUGUGAUAAAUAAAGAUUUGAGUAACUUUGUAGAA